AUGCUGCUACAUCUACGAACCCUCACGCCGCUGCCGCCGCGGGCGUCACCGGCGCUCGCGAGAUUGUUUACCACAGACCACCGAAACCGGCUCACCACGUUCUUCGCGCCCUCCGGCGGCAUCGCGGGGUCCGCGUAUGGCGUGAAAGAGGAUACGCAUUCGCUUCUUGUGCGGACUGGGUAUUUGCGGCAGGCCCACGCGGGAAUCUUCCACUACCUCCCCCUCGGCCAGCGCGUGCACGAGAAGCUGGAGAAGCUGAUCGACAAGCACAUGCGCAGCAUCGGCGCCUCGAAGCUUGCGCUAUCGACCAUCUCGAGCGAGAAACUAUGGGGGAAAACGGGGCGCCUUGAGAAGGGCGGGGCAGAGCUCUUCCGCAUAAAAGACCGCAAAAGCACCCGCCUCCUCCUCUCCCCCACGCACGAAGAAGAAAUCACCACCCUCGUCAGCUCCCUCGUCAGCUCCCACAAGCAGCUGCCCCUGCGGCUAUACCAAACCACGCGCAAAUUCCGCGACGAGCGCCGCCCGCGCGCGGGGCUCCUCCGCGGGCGCGAAUUCACAAUGAAGGACCUCUACACCUUCGACCUGACGCCCGAGGCCUCGCUCGAGACCUACGCCGCCGUCCAAGGCGCAUAUAGGAAUCUGUUUGACGAGCUCAAGCUCCCGUACAUGGUCGCCGAAGCCGACAGCGGCACCAUCGGCGGCACCCUAUCGCACGAGUACCACUACCCGUCGCUCUCGGGCGAGGACACAGUCUUCAGCUGCAACGAGUGCCCGUACAGCGCCAACGCCGAGGCCGCACGCACCCGCACGCCCGCGCCGCACCCGGCGCUCGAGGAGCCCGGCAACAUCGCGGUCUUCCACGGCGUCAGCACCGACCGGGCCACGCUGAUCAACGUCUUCCACCCGCGCGACGCCGUCGCCGGCCUGCCGAACGAGGUCAACAUCUCCGUCGUGCGCGCGCUGAUGCCGAGCCUCGACGCGGGCGUCGGGUCCGCCGAGGCGCUCGAGAUGUGGCGCGUGUGCUUCCGCGAGUACAGCGACGGCGCCGCGGCCGGGAGCUACUCGCAGAUCGUGAACCUGUUCGACACACGGCUACCGCACAGCGUGACCGAGGCCAGCUUCAGCAGCCACAGCGACCAGCCGCUGUUCCGCGAGUUCGUGGCGGAUAAGCGGAUCCCGACGACGGCGGUGACGCGGGGUGCGGCGGGGGAGCCGCUCAACCUGCUGAAGCUGAAGGAGGGCGAGGGGUGUCCGGCGUGCGAGACGGGCGUGCUGGUGGGCACGCCGGCGGUGGAGCUGGGCCACACGUUCCAUCUGGGGACGCGGUACAGCGAGCCGUUGAAGGCCGUGGUCACGACCGGUGAGGGCAGGCAGGUGCCGAUGGAGAUGGGCUGCCAUGGCAUCGGACUGUCGCGGAUGAUCUCGGCGGUGGCGGAGGGGUACCGCGACGAUGCGGGGCUGUGCUGGCCGCGGGUGGCGGCGCCGUUUGAGGUUGUGGUUGUGGGCAAGGACGCGGCGGCGGGGGGGGAUGCGGAGGGCGUGUAUGAUGAGCUGACGGGCGCCGGGCUGGACGUGCUGCUGGACGACCGCGAGAAGGACUUUGUGUGGCGGAUGAAGGACGCGGAGUUGGUUGGGUAUCCGGUGUGCGUGCUGCUGGGCCGCGGGUGGAAGGACGGCCGGGUCGAGGUGCAGGUCAGGAACGGGCGGAGGAAGCUGGAGGUCGGCGUGGGUGAGCUGCGGGAGACGGUGCUGAGUGCGCUGGGGGAGGCAUAG